CCGGCCGUCGCCAUGACGAUCGCGCGGCGCGUGACCGGCAGCGCAGAGCAGCGACCCCCGCGCGCCGCCAGCACAGGCAUGGACGAUGGGUUCCUCAUGGAGGUGUGCGUGGACUCGGUGGAGUCCGCCGUCAACGCGGAGCGCGGAGGUGCCGGGCGCAUCGAGCUGUGCGCGGGCCUCGUGGAAGGAGGGACCACCCCGAGCAUGGGUGGUGAAGCAAUGCGUGCGGGUCCCGGUGUUCGUCAUGAUCCGGCCCCGCGGCGGGGAUUUCCUGUACUCGGACCGCGAGGUGGAGGUGAUGAAAGCCGACAUCCGCCUGGCCAAGCUGCACGGUGCUGACGGGCUGGUGUUCGGGGCCCUCACCGAGGACGGGCGCAUCGACACGGAGCUCUGCACGGCGCUGCUGGCCGUCUGUCGUCCACUGCCAGUCACAUUUCACCGCGCCUUUGACAUGGUGCAUGACCCUCUGGUGGCACUGGAGACCCUGAUUUCCCUGGGGUUUGAGCGGGUGUUGACGAGUGGCUGUGACAGCUCAGCACUGGAAGGAUUGUCAUUGAUUAAGAGGCUUGCAGAGCAGGCAAAGGGCAGAAUUGUGGUAGUGCCAGGAGGUGGCAUCACGGAGCGCAACCUGCAGAGGAUUCUGGAAGGCUCCACCGCUUCUGAGUUUCACUGCUCUGCUCGCUCAGCUCGGGACUCAGGGAUGAAGUUCAGAAAUCCCAACGUUGCCAUGGGAGCGUCCUUCUCUGCCCCCGAGUACUCCAUCAAGGUGGCAGAUGUGGCCAAAGUGAGGACCCUGAACGCCAUUGCCAAGAACAUUCUGUAGUGGAUGGCACCGUGCUGGGACAAGAACGCUGAGAGCCCAGGGUCUGCCCUGGCACACGGACAGAUGGGUACUGCUUCCGUCCUCAGGCUGCAGAGGAUGUGCACUAGGUGAUGAAGCCUGACACCUCUUCCCUUGGCUUCCCCUGAAGUCCCUGGCCUGGAAACUUAGGUUGGCCAUUUAAAAUAAAAGGACUCAUUCCCAGAUGUUGCAGCAACAGCUGUUUGGCAGCAUUUGGGAGGAAGGGAGGCGAGCAGGUAGGGGGACUGAAUUGUGUAGCACUGCAUGUGAUUGUCAAAUAAACACUGCAGCUGCCCCCCCUCUUGCUGUGCUUUUCUAGAGUUUAUUUAUGUUUUUGGGUCAGACAGUGACCCAUGUUGCAUAGCCUGAAUUAAUCAGGACCCUGCUGUGCCAGAGAAUAUAAUCACACACAGAAUACCAGGGUGAGGAACAUCAUAGCCACAGCUGGGAAACAAGGCCAGUGGGAUAGGUGGGUUUUAGCAAUGCAGCAGCUGUAAGUAGUGAGAAGCACCUGACUGAUUAGGUGAGGGAGCUGUGAGACAUCCUGGGCUGUAGGUCCUCAGUGCUUGGAGGCAAGGGUGGUGUAUGAUGAGAUUUCUUGGAAGGACAAGCUGCUUUUCCUAAGGGAGUUUCCAGGUCCUUGUCCCAACAUAAAGCAUAAACUGCUUGUUUUCCAGACAGUGCUUGGGGAAUGUGUCUGUUAGGUCAUUGCUGCCUAUUCAGGAUUGAAGCCUCAGACUCAUUUCAGUUACUCUGUAAAAUACCCAGUGAAAGAUUUUAAUUUUCAUUAGAAGAGUAGAGAUCUGAGAGGUAAAGCACCUCUCUCCUUGUUACCUGCUCUUCUGUGAAAGAUCACAAAGCUGAAGAUAAUCCCUCCCUCAGCUGAGAUAGUGGACUUCAGGAAGCAAAUGCAGGGUACAGAUUUCUCUUCCCAAUAUCUUGGCAAUAGCUUACAGCCUGUGAGGAUGUAUGGAAAAAAUGUGAUACUUGACAAGGUGGCAGCACCUUUGUCACCUUAAAUAGAAUCACGUUAUUGCAAACCUACCAUCAAGACUACAUAUUUUCAUUUUAAAGACUACAUCCAUCUUUUCACAAUUUUCACAUUCAGUUUUGUCCCAGAGGUAUUGAUGUCUCCCAAAGCACCUUGGGAACUUAAGUUCUUAACAGGAGCU